UCCGCCCAAUUAUCUCUUGGAUCAGAUAAAACAAAUGGAGCCUUUGGACUUUGAUCUCAAAGAUAGCUUUUCAGCUUUUCAUGUCAUUGAGAUAGAUAUGAGGAAACCGAGUGUUGUUAUGAAGUUGGGAACAUGGAGAGGAGUUCAGAGGUCAAUUUUUAUAUUGGGUAGUUUUGCUCUUCUCAUCUCAAUUGUUACCUUAUCAUCCAAAUUCUAUUCUCUCAAAUCAUUUCAUGUUACUGAUACCUUCUGCAAUUAUGUAAAUACUGAUAGUCAAAGCAGGAUUGACAGUCAUGUAAAAGUCACUCUCGAAACUGUGAUUCAGAAACUCCAACAGGAACUUAAAACGUUCAGAGAUUCAACAGCAGAUUCGUCGUCAUCUGUGCAUUUGUUAAAGCACAGUACGUUUCUUGCUGAUAUUUUGGGGCUGAUCGAGUCGGUGCACGAAUCUCUGGUGCAGAAUGAUGAGUCGACUCAGAAGUUAAGCAAUGAUGUCGAAGACAUCCAUCCUCUGUUAAAACCGAAGCAGCACUCUGAUGAGCCUGCGGAGUAUUUUCUAAUAGAAGAGAUUCGGAAGUAUGUCAAGAUCAAGCCGAACAGAUUGGGAAAGCAGAAUUUCAUGGGAGCUAAUGGGACUUUCACUAGCAUUGGCCAUGCUUGCUUUGCUAUGAAGACAGAACUUGAAGAAUACAUGAACUACGACAUUGGCGAUAUCUGCAAUGACGAUUGGAAGCUAGCUCAGAAGCUCAUGGUUCAUGGAUGCGAUCCACUUCCGAGGAGGAGGUGCUUUGCUCUGGCCCCGAAGAUAUAUAGCAAGCCAUUCCCAAUCCAUGAGUCCAUAUGGAAGCUCCCAGACAAUAGAAAUGUCCGGUGGAGUCAGUAUCGGUGCAAGAACUUUACUUGCCUGGCAAGUAAUUCCGCUCCCAAGGGGUUCUUCAAAUGUGCAGAUUGCUUCAACCUGUCACACCACGAAAUGCCUAGAUGGAUGCAACAAGUAAGUCUAGACUCAAAAUUGAAUCUGACUGCAGAUUUUCUUAUCCCUGAAGUUCUUCAAAUCAAGCCGGGAGAGAUCAGAAUCGGACUGGAUUUUAGCGUAGGGACUGGGACUUUUGCAGCUAGGAUGAGGGAGUUCAAUGUCACCAUUGUCUCGGCAACUAUCAAUCUCGGGGCACCUUUUAAUGAAAUGAUAGCUCUUCGUGGACUCGUCCCUCUUUACUUGACAAUCAAUCAACGGCUGCCAUUCUUCGACAACACUCUGGAUUUGAUUCACACCACAAGAUUUCUGGAUGGCUGGAUUGAUUUUGUGCUGCUAGACUUUGUCUUGUAUGAUUGGGAUAGAGUUUUGAGGCCUGGGGGUUUGCUGUGGAUUGAUAGCUUCUUCUGUGUGAAGGAAGAUUUGAAUGCUUAUUUGGAGUCCCUUAAGAUGCUGAGGUACAAGAAGCACAAAUGGGUUGUUGUUCCAAAGAUUGAUAAAGAUGAUGAUAGAGAGGUUUUCUUUUCUGCUGUUCUAGAAAAGCCGCCCAGACCAUUCCGGUAAACACAUAUUGGUCAGCUUAUGCCACCAUGUUUUCUACAAUAUAGCUUGUAGUUUCGAAUAUUAUGUCAUGUCAGUCAGAAUUUACAAGGGAAAAAUUCAUCAGAAUUCAAUUUUUUUCCCCUCCUUGUGAAUGCAAUAAGGAUUAUAUAGGGACAGAGAAACCCCAUUCCCACCAGAAAGUAGAGGAGUUGGCCCCAAGCCAAUUUGAAUUGUUGGAGGGACUUGUUUGUUAGUUUCAGGGUGUCCCCCAAGAUAUUUGGUCCACUAAUAAUUUUAAGGUGAAGAAAAAGACACUGAAAUUGGGGUAUAUUGUGUAGCAGUACAUAAUCAUGAAGCUGUAAAUGUUAUGCUGUGAAUUUGA